AAGCUGACCUGUGUCAGUUCAUGGUCAGUCCGUUAGAGGGCGGUGUGGCGAGUUUAACUUCAUGAAGUUAUUUCUACAAUAGAAGAAGAGCUGGCGGGAAAUUGACGUCACACCAAACAGUAUUUACAGAUGUUUUUGCACGAUGGACCGCUAUGUGUUGGUUAUUUACUUUUGCCAAACGUCAGACAACUUCACGGAAGAUGAUGCACGUUUGGCGCAAAUAAAGAAUGUCUACAGCACACUUGUGGAGAUGUCCACUCAGGACUCGGCCAAACCGCUUUCUGUGUUUCCAGCCUGCUCGCUGAGUGGCUGCCCGACACCUCCGAGGUGCUACUUUGCUGUUCAGGCUUGCCAGUCGGCAUCACAGUUUUGCAGCUCUGACUGGGAAGAACUGGUGACAAGUCAUCACACAGCUGACUCUGAGGAGGAGGAGAGGUGUACGGCUGUUGAGGAAUGUCUGACUUCACUGAAAAACCAGGAGGAAGCAGAUCGAAGGGAGGAGCAGCUGUCACUCACAGAGCUGCUAGAUGAGGCUGCAGAAGGACUUCAUGUGUUGUCAGACAAGCUGCCACCUCCAGGUAAAGCCUUGCUGGAUGUUCUGUUGCUGGCUCCUUGUGAACAGCCCCCGCCUGUUAAAGACCUGCUGCCUCUGUUGGGAGCCCUUAAACACAUGGCCUGCUGGCAUUCUGCAAAAAUCACCGUGGUUACAGAGCAUACUGCUGGGUGGCAGAAGGCCGCGUCCUCCCUGAGCGCAGGUCUGGUCGAGCCUGCUGACCUGCUCAGCUGCAUCGACUACAGAGAAAUGUGGAGAGGAGGCCUGGUCAUCAGAGAGAAGAAGUGUGCAUCAGAGCUCCGGUUUGAUGGCUUUUCUCUGCGUGCUCAUCCGCAAUCAGAACCAAGUCUCUUGCAGGCUCUGUACACCACCGCAGAUCACACACUAAACUCUGAGGUCUUCCAUUACUACGCUCUGCUUUUAGACUUGGUCCAGCUGGUUGAUCUGUCAGACCUGCCCAGCUUUCUGAUGUCCAGCUCUCAGUUUGAGCUAGACCUGUCUGGGAAGUCCAACAAGGCUAAACUUCUCUUGGACCAGCUGAGGUCGCUGCGUGGAAAGGUUGGAGCUUUGUUCAGCCUGUCCUGUAUAGUCACUCCCAUCGCCCAGCCUGCAUGCAGCCAACUAAGCUCCCAACGCUGGAAAGAGACUUUGUCCAGGAGACCAAAGUCCAUUCUUGUGCCAGAUGUCGAUGUGAAAGGUGAGAGUGCAGUCUACUUCCUGUUGGUCCAGGGCUCUGAUGAUGCCGGUUCUGAAGCCUGCAGGGUCAGGAUGAUGCACUCUUACGGUCAACUUAAUGGAGCAGCUGCUAUGGCAACCGUCUCUGACUUGCUGAGCAAGAAGCCUCUCUCAUCAGGAGGAUUCGUAGGAAACACCCUUCACCUUCUGCCCAGUUACCAAGGAGAAGACAUUCUGAGGAGGGAAAGGAGGAUGGCUCGAGUUCAGGCGCUAGUACUGGAAGAAUAUCUCAGACAGAGAGAAGAAACUCCAGUGGACAUCUGUGACUUGAAGGCCAUUCUGAAUCUUACCAGGGAGCGGUAUCUAACGACUGCUGACUCUGCUCUUCCUGCUGCUGUCACCUGUCUGACAAAUGAGCAGCCUCCAAAACACCCCGGGUUUCAGACGCUUUCUCUGCAGCCAUCUGAUUGGCCUGAGCGAAGCGUCCUGCACAACAUCGAAAACCUGCAGAGGAGAAGACAAAGGAGAAAGUUAGGGCUGCUAGGUCCCGGCUCCAGUGAAAGUCUGUUGGGUCCCAAAGACAGCCAGAGGGGCUCCACAGCUUUACUCGAUGCCAAAGAACUUCUAAAACACUUCAGCUCCGAUGGCGUUCCCACCGGAGAUUUACAACCGCUGGCUAUCAACAGAGGUGCUAACCUGUUUCAGCUGUCACCUGACCUCUCACCCAGGAGAGUCAGCCAGAUGUCCUUCAGAAUGGCUUCAGCCUCCCACUACCACGGCAUAGAGUUUUGCCUGGACACCCAGAGUUCCCUCGACCGAGACCAGGCAUUUGCACGGCUCCAGUCUCGUCUGAUUCGCUAUGAAACACAGACCACCUGCUCCAAAGAGCCCUGUGCCCUCACCUUUGCCCCCAGCCCUGCCCCCUCGCCUGCGGUGAUGUCAGAACCAGGAAGUGUGCCCGAUGGAGAGACUCUUCAGAACAAUGAUGUUGCACACCUCAAACGCAAGUCUCGGGAGUUAGACAUAGUUGGAGGUUUUCCUCGUAAGAGGUUGGUGAAGUCGGAGAGCAAUGACUCUCUGUGUUCUCAGAGCAGCUGCAACAGUGGUCCACACACAGACUUCAGGUCUCUACGACAACAGCCAAUCAGAUCCCAGUCCACAUCGUCCUCCAUCAGGACCGCUUCAGCCACCAGAUGGACGUCAGGUUCAUGUCCUGACAGAUGUCAACAGCAGAAAACGGCUCAAGGACGCAUCGAGGUCAAACCUGCCAAAGAGUCACGCUCCCAGAAACACAACAGGAUGCUGCAGGAGGUUGUAGUGAAAACACUUAAGCAGCAUGAGAUCACUGCUGAGCACGAGUGCUUUGACGCCUGCAGCAAAAGACUAUUUGAUAUCUCCAAGUUCUACCUGAAGGAUCUGAAGACAUCUCGAGGUCUUCAUGAUGAGAUGAAGAAGGCGGCCAGCAGCAACGUUAAACAGGUGAUCGACUGGGUGCUGGAGAAGAGCUCAAAGAGCGGAAGAUGAUGAAGAGGAGGUUUUGCCUAAAGGGGCAGCUGAUUUUAUAUUUUAAUGUUUAUAAGACCGUUUGAUGUUUUUACCAUUUCUGAUGAGUUUUAAUUAGAUUUUCUUUACUAGAAUUGGUUUACCGCCAGUUAAAACGUUUGGUUUUGUGCUUUUCCACGCUGACAUGCACACGUAAACACAAUAAACCACACAGUAGAUGCUGCUGUGGGUUCAGGCUCCUGAGAGUCCUCUCAGGAUCAGAUUCCUUCUUCAGGCUGCCGAGUUCUUUUCUUUUUAUUCAUAGAUUUUAUGUGUAAUUUUAAACCUUUUCACAUCUAAAGACGUAGUUUUGUGCCUUUGUGUUGUACAUAUUUUGUCUUUGUGUUUUUAAUGUGAUCUUUGUACCACAAUAAACAGUCUGGAUCGUA